AUGUUGUUCGUCUUCAUACUGCUGUCCUGCCUUCUGGUGAAUGCUGGUGCACAGAUUAGAUAUAGAAGAUGCGGUAACUUAAAAGGAAUUGGAGAUAGUCUUCUUGAGCUACUUCUGGCAGCAUCAUACAACUCUGAUUUGGGAUCUAGGACUGGUGAGAAGGUCUUGGGGGACAAUGCGAAACUCGUCGAUCGAAGUGCCAGGCGCCUUCAAACUCUACACUACAAAGUUUGUUUGCUUUAUCGUACUUCAACAGUUAUGCCCUGCGCGGUAUUGCACGCACAACACAGUUUCGAUUGCAACGUGUAUUUCGCCGAUCCAAAUAACCCGUCAAUGAUGGACAAAAUGAGAGAAGCUGUGAAAGGAUACGGGCUUUUCUUAACCAAGAUCGAGCAACUGCCUGCAUGGGUGCAGUUUGGAUGCAACUGCAGGACGGAAAAUCAGAAAGUUCUGGAAAUGGCGUGCUUCUUCAAAACACAGCCACCUGUUUUGAAUUGGUUCUCUAAGUAA